UAUUAGCAAUAGUUUUCCUUGAAUAAGCUAACGAACAGCUGAUUAACUUCAGUGUAUAAAGACGUAAAAAACAUCAUUUACGCGAUGUAACUUAAAUGUUCUUAAUUAUUGAUUAUUACAUACGAAUAUUACUUGUUUAAGUUUAUUGUAUAUACACGUGCAGCAAAGCAUAAUUAUCUAUAUGAUAGAUGUAAACAAAAUUUUAAUAAGGUUCACUAAAAAUUUCCACUUUUUUUACUGAAGAAAGUUUUCAAUUGACAAUGAAAUUUUGUCGAUAUUCAACGAAUUAAGUAAACAUUCUUUUUAUAUGCAGUAAUAGCUUUGUAUUAUAAUUGUAAAAAGAAAGAAACGUCCAGGGAAAUGGAAAGUGUGGACAAAAAUUUAGCACUACCGCCUGAUAAAAUGCCAAAAUGUUGGUAUGAAGAGGAAAGAAUGAAUGCCCUAUUUUCCCCUUUCCGAAGCAAAUUGGCAAAUCCCUUGGAUUGGUCAUCUAAAUAUAAGUUUUGGCAAAAUUUGAUAUACGAAUGGCUGAAUUACAAGCUGCAGUGCAGUUUUUCCAUUGCAGAUUUAAAUGUAGCUUUUAAAAGAAAAGGAUGCACACCAGUUUGUUUAGUAACUGUUGUUGAAGAACUUCUUCGAAAUAAUGAAAUAAUUUCAGAGGUUGAUCUUUUGAAAGAACCUUGUGUUUCUUGGACAGCAUGGUCAAUCGACAUCUUUGUAAAACGACCACUUGCAUGGUCAUUUUCCAAGGUCAAAAGUUAUGUUGUUAGCAAUGAAAUUAACAAGGAAACUAUAUACACACAUUUGCAAGUCCUUAAAAAUCUAGGGGAACUGGUGUUCUCUAUUUUGAAAAAUAAAAAAGAAAAUGUUCUUGUAGCAUUUUCUGAGAUAGUAAAAGAUUGUAAAUCUGAAAUAAACAAAGAUAUAUCAGAUAAUACCGUAAUGUUAGUGUUAAUUUGGUUGAGACGGGAGAAAAGAAUCACCUUUACAAAGAACACAGAUAAUGAUGAAUUAUUGAUAAAAAUUACUGUUCAUUCAACCGAUAAUGUAACAGAAAUUGAAGAAGGAUUAUACAAACUGCUCAAACAGGAGAACGAACUUAUGAAAGAAAUACAACUUAUGGAGGAAGCAAAACUUAAUGUCAUAAAUGAAGCUAAAUCCUAUUUAGCUAGAGGUCUACGCCAGGUAGCAAAAACACAUUUAAGAAAAAAAUUGGAAUUAGAAAAUACUAUCCAAAAACGAGCACAAACACUCGAUAAUAUUCGAAUUCUUAUAUCACGCAUUCAAGAUACUCACACAAAUACAGCUGUAUUAUCAGUUCUUAAAACAGGAUCUGAUGUAUUAAAGAAAAUGAAUGAGAGUGGAUUAUCGGAAGAUAAUGUUAAGGAUGUUAUGGAUGACUUAUCCGAGAUGUUGGCAGAACAAAACGAAGUACAAUAUAUAUUAUCAAAAUCCUUUGAAGAUAACGAAUCAAAUACUGAUUUGGAACAAGAAUUGGAAGAAUUAAUGAAACGCGAUGAAGUUGUUUUCCCGAUAAUUCCAAAUUCCCCAUUGAAAAGCACUGUUGAUGAACUUCAGGAUAGUUUUAAAAACUUGAGUUUUGGAAGUCCUACGAUAUCCAAAACUUCUUCACCGGAAUCAACAUCCCAAUCAACCCGAAAGAAGCAGAAAUUAGCCGAAUUUGAAUGUGCAUAAAAUAUGUACUCUAAAAUUGCAAACUUUGAUUCUUGCGAUAUUUCAAAAACAUGAUCAAUGUAUAACCAUACAUAUCUUUUUAUUUACGUGUUUACACGAUAACAAUA